AUGUCAAACCUUUUCUACGCCUACGCCAAAAAUAUCAAUGACGACUGGUCGUAUCGCUACCUCAUCGUCUUCGCCACCCGCGCCGUCGCCGAUGAAUGGUGGCGUGCUGUUUCUACCUCCACCAACCUCUUGUACAGCAACAGCAUCGUCCGGGUUACCCCUCAGUUCUACACACAUGACCCUUCUCGUGCUGUUAUUGCCUACUCAAUCACUGAUCCAUCUGUGGCAAAGCAAUUCUUGGGCAAGGUCAUCUUCACGCUUCUAAACGACCGCGACGGAAGGGUCUUCCCAGUGAUCGAGUCCGGCCCCGAGCCAAUUACGGAUUAUAUCAGUAACACCUGGUUCUACAUUCGCUCCAAAGUCGACAAGUCGAUCUAUUGGUACCGCAACGACCAGGAUAUCGUCGUUGCGUCCCGCACUAACAGUACCCGAUUCCUAAUCCGGAACACCAAUCAUGCCUUUGACGGAAAGGUGAUGAUCAACAGCGACGAUAUCACCAUCUCCCUCGCCGCUGGGAAGCUCUCCCUCAGUGUCGCCGACGAAGGAAACUUGCAAGCCAUGAGGAAGGCCGAAACUUUCAAGUUUGGAGAUUUCGUUGAUGGCUACAGCAUCAAUGGGUGUGGGUGGAUUAGUGUAGAUGAAUUACCACGCACGGCGAUUGUGAAGGUGAACGACAAUAGUGGAGAGGCUUGGGAAUUGGUUAUGAACGGGAGGGUUUAUGACAUUGUUCCUCCUCCCCCUAAAUGA